AUGGCUCCGCGCAAAAAGUCGCUGCUGGGCGCGUCGAAUCCUGUUGUGCAGGAUCCUGGAUUCCUUCCUGCGCUGAGCAGCAAUCUUGCGGCGCUGGGCCCUAUGGGUGGAAAUGGGGGUGGUGUGCCGGCGAGUCCGGUGCCGACUGUUCCUCCUGCCAUGUCUUUCGCUCCCACUCCGACACCCAUUGCCACUCCGAGCGCACCCCUGGCCAACACUGUGUCGCUAGUCAACAAGACAGGCACCCAAAGCCUGUACCAGCGCUGCUCGUAUGCACUUGGACGACUACUCCGGAUCGAGGGAAUUGCCUCGUUUUUCACGCUCUCGAACUCGGGACGGGCACCGCCACGCUUGGGACUGCCGCAGGACGACGAGGCGCAAAAGGGGCCCAGGGACAGCACGGUGCGGGCACGCCAGUCGACGGAUCCAGUGCGCCAGUUGUGGGAUCUCUUGGCCCUUGGUGUUCCCCUCUGCAUCCUCUACAAUGCCCUGCCUGGAGUCGACCCACUGCAGAUCGACUGCAGCAUCGAAGAAACAGAACGAAAGCUGGCUCAGGCGAGUGCAGAGUCCAAGACUCCAACGAAUAAACAUGCCAAACAUGCCACUGCCUUUUUCAUCAUGGGACUCAAGCAGCUCGCCGAGUCGGGCGAUCUACGUGGCCAGCCAGAGAUGUUUACCGUUUCAGAGCUCUUUGGAAACAAUACAAAUGGCUUUGUCAAGGUCGUCUCGACUGUCAUAUUCCUUCUUGAACGUCUCCCCGAAUCCAUCUUUUCACCCGCUCCCCCAGUCCCCCCAGCCUUGUAUCCCAAUUCAGCACUUCCAUACCCGCCACACCCGGCCUCUUCCCAUCCGACUCGCUCGAUUCCCUUACCUCACCCGUCGACGCUCCCUCCAACGGCUUCCCCUUUCCCCCCACCGCCCCAUCCCUAUCAGACGACGAUCAUGCACGAAUACGCACGCGAGCUCAUUCAGAAGAACGUCGUCGAUGCCGACACGGUCCAUCAUUUGUUCCCCGGUCUUGGAAAGCUCUUGGAUUUUGGCCGUAGGUUCUUGAUCGAGAUGGAGGGCACCGCACAAUGUCCGUGGGAGGAUCAGCGUUGGGGCUUAUUGUUCAUUGAUAACGAGGAGGAAUUUGCCGUAUACGAACCAUAUUGCGCCAACUAUACCAAUGCGAGCGAGCUGAUGCUGUCUCAAGAGCAGAAUCUCAUGAAUCGUAGCAACAGAGCAGAUCCGCGGCACCAGUUUAGCACGCCAUUUCCGCCGGGGACUGGUUGGGGCAUGUUUCCAUCGGCGCCCAACGUAAUUGUCGUUCUCGGUUUCCAACGUCGAAUGGGUUGGUCGCGUUCCCUCGAUCCCCUAUUGCACCUUGUCGCAACCGUUUUGCGCUUCUUCCUCCACAGUCGCGACCUUGCUAUCGUAAACACUCCACACUUGUUCCUGCUAGUCGCGAUCACACCAACACAGCACUCUCUCUGGUUUCACUCGUUGCGAUCCUUUACUUUUACUCGCACGAUCCUCCUACUCUUUUCCCAGACUUUCGAUUACCUGACGUCGAGGUGGAGCCUCCGGGGUCCUACCUUUGCCUUUUUGGAAAGGGUCGCUCUGGGCAACGGCCCGCACGGGUUGUCAUGGUUCUUUCGCGAUGGGUCCAAGGUCGGAUUCACAGUCGGAGAUGGGAUUCAAAAUCGAGGAGCUAGUGAUGCAGAGGUCGGAACUGGCAAUAUGAAACUUCGGUUCGGAUUGGGAUUGGGUCGUCUCCCCUCGUCGAGAUGA